AAAACAUAAGUAAUUAUAAUGGAAGACUCCUUGACUACUCUUUCCUGUUUUGCAGCCUUCAUUAUAGUACUGUAAGGACACAUCAGAAAUAUUAUAGCUUCAUGCAAUAGUGCAGUGCGGUAUUUCUUAACUCAGUGAAGGCAGGUAUUUAUUAUGAAUUGUUCAACUUGCAUUUAAAAAUAGAAAAUCACACAUCUUUGCAAGCUGUUUUGCAGAGCUGUCAAAAGUCAUAAUUGGUGGUUGAUUUGUAAAUUUUUGAAAACGCAGCUACCUGGGGAAAACAUCAGGCAAGAGGAAUGGGCUUUGACACAUGUCAUUCUAGUGAUAGAAACUAAACAGUAAGAUCAUCCUAUACCACUUGGAAGGAUAGAAAAUAUCUAAAGCAUUUCAGCAAAGCAGUAUAACGAUUUGAACUGGUUGCCACAAAGUAGAUGCCUAGUAAAGUGUAGUAUUUCACAGUUAGAAGACUGCCCACAUAGCCCCCACCCCACCCCAUUGAGAUUUAAGCAUCCUCCCAGAAGGGAUACUGCAUCAUAGUCCAGUGUCUGCUUCUGCUCCACAGUCUGAGGCCUGAGCCUUGAAGAAACAGGAAAGGGAUUCAUCUGUAGCAUUGCAAAAUAGUGCAGUACUGUAUUGCUUGUGGACUUGAACAAAUUGUAACAAACCAGCUCCUAACUGGAGUCUUAUUUAAAAGGUAAAGCACUGUAUACAAAAAAAUAGUAUUGAUUUUUUUUUCUUAUUUAAAAAAGAACACACUGUGCCCUUGUGAGGGAUCGUAUCUAGAAAAACUAAACAGUCUGGCUGUGUUUCCUUCAUCUGAACUGCUUUCAUCUGGACCAGUGUAAAAUAAGCCGCGAGUUUCGCAGAGAACACUAUGAACGAGCUCCUUGGCUGGUACGGCUAUGAUAAGGUGGAAUUAAAAGAUGGGGAAGAUAUUGAGAUUAACAACUACCCUGACGGUGAGAGCCGGCAGCACAUCUCUGUUUUAAAAGAGAACUUGCCAAAGCCGAAACCCUCUGAAGACAGAGGGAGCUCACCUACUAAUGCAAACAGCAGCUAUUCUGGCGCGACCAUGGGGAAUGGAAUGGCAGAGUCCUCUUCAUCUUCCUCCUCGUCAUCGUCAUCCGGGUUAAAGGAUCAUGGGAAAGUGCCCAUUAUUGUUCCAUUAAUUCCUCCGCCCCAUAUCAAACCACCAGCAGAGGACGAUGCGUCAAAUGUUCAGAUUUUGUGCGCCUGGUGCCAGAAAGUUGGAAUCAAGCGCUACUCCUUGAGCAUGGGCAGCGAGAUGAAAAGCUUCUGCAGUGAGAAGUGUUUCGCUGCGUGUCGGAGAGCCUACUUUAAACGCAACAAGGCUAGAGACGAAGAUGGACAUGGUGACAAAUUUCCCCAGCAGCACUAUUCUAAGGAAACGCCAAGGCUUGUCUUCAAGAUUAACAACGAUGUACUUGUGUGUGACUGGUGCAAGCAUAUAAGACACACAAAAGAAUACUUGGAUUUCGGAGCUGGGGAGAGGAGGCUUCAGUUUUGCAGCGCCAAAUGUCUCAACCAGUACAAAAUGGACAUUUUCUACAAAGAGACCCAGGCCAACCUCCCAGCUGGCCUCUGCAACCCAGGGCACCCUCCGACUGAGAGUAAACCUGAGAGCAGCGGCGUGCAGCUCCUGACACCCGAGUCCUGGAACACUUCUCUGGGUGACCUGCGACGGAAGGCUCCAUCUCCUGGGGUUACAAUGGCCGGGCACAAUCACGCUCCUGGGCCAUCAGGGUCCAUGUCCCCAUCAGAGUCUGCUGCCAUCAGUUCCACUGCCAAAAUCUCCACACCAGGGCCCAAGCCACACGAGAGCCCAACCCUUCCCCCGCCAGUACCUCUCCCGCCCCCACACAUGGGGGUCCCACCUGGAAGUCCGCCCAUGGUGAUGACCAACCGUGGGCCUGUGCCGCUGCCCUUCUUCAUGGAACACCAGAUGAUGCAGCAGAUGCGUCCACCUUUCCUCCGAGCACCCCACACUCCAACCCCAAACAGUCCCCUCUCCAAUUCCAUCAUUCCUGGGAUCGGCCCACCACCACCUCCUAGGAAUAUGGCUCCAGCCUCGAGUCCCAUGCACAGGUCAAUGCUUUCCCCACAUAUACACCCGCCCUCCAACCAGACUGUGCAUGGAAACCCUCCAGGGUUGAUGCCACACCAUUUCGGAGCCCCUAUGCCAGGCUUACCCUUCCCUCCAAUCAACAUGAUGCCAAACGGCCACAUGCCGAUGCCACAGAUGAUGAACUUUGGUGUGCCAUCGCUUGCCCCAUUGGUGCCACCUCCCACUCUCCUGGUGCCAUAUCCGGUCAUUGUUCCUCUCCCAGUUCCCAUCCCAAUUCCCAUCCCCUUUCCCUUUAACUUCAAGGCCCCAGGCGGUUCACCUGGCAACAGCGAGAACAUCAUUCCACACACCUCCUCCGAAGGAGGGGAGUCCAGAGAAACAAGGCCUUUCUCUUCUGGCAGCAGCGAUGAUGGAGAGACCAAACAAGGGCCAUCAAAAUCCACUGAACUUUCUCCAGGCUUUAUCCCAGGCCACUCGUGUCACCAGUCCACCCUCCGUCAACGGAGCAGGGCUGAGGUGGUUGAUUUUACGGUCAAACCAGAGAGCCCAGUCAAAGCAGUGUUCCCCCCUAUGAAUUUAUCUGCUAUGCUGCAAGAUGGUGUCAUAGACCUGACAAUGGGCCGCCGAUCCAGACUCCAGCAUGUAAUCCAGAGGGCACUGCCAGUUGCACAGGUGAAAGUGGAACACGAACCCCAAAGCAUCCUCAAUCUAGCUUUCCUGGGCCAGGACAAGAGGAACUGCAGUGGGGUGGACAACAGUUGCAGAGACAGUUGCAGUCCUGUUAACCCCAUGGCUUUGCCUUGCAGUGAUCCUGUGCACUGCGGGGCGGCACCACCACCAACGCAGCAGCAGCAGCUCGUUUCUAGCAGUUCAGGGCCAGAGCCCAGUCUGGCAGCCACUUGCAAUGUUAUCGUGAACGGCACAAAGACUGCAGAUGUUGCCGGUAAAAGCGGCUCCCUCGAGCAGCGGCCAGAACCCCAAAAGACGCCACAGCACCCGGACGAGCCGGCAGUCAGUGAGCUGGAGUCGGUGAAGGAGAACAACUGCACGGGGGCCGCCGGCUUUCAGCUAGAGCUGGACACAGGUAAGAAGGCUUCAUCAGACGAGGCGCUGGCCGGCGGGGACAAGCAGGACCCCAACCUGAACAACCCCGCCGACGAGGACCAUGCCUAUGCCCUGCGUAUGCUGCCCAAGGCCGGCUGUGUCAUCCAGCCUGUGCCAAAGCCAGCAGAAAAGACUGUCUUAGCGCCUUGCAUCAUUUCCACGCCCCUUCUGAGUGCAGGAACUGAUGACAUUGAGCCGCUGCUAAAGAGGAGGUGUCUGCGAAUUCGAAAUCAAAACAAAUAAAAAGGAGCGGCGCAUGACGGCGUUCUGUAGAAGGAUGAGCACUGAUCUGCAGUGUCUCUUUCCAGACAACACCAGCUCCUCACUCCUCUCCCUCAAGCCCGCAGUCAAACUAGUCGACUUCCUGCUGCAUCGUCUCCGA